CUUAACUCGGUGCUUCUCGCUCCAUUGCCGUUCUACUUCUUCUGAUCAAGCUACAGCAUGCUAUUCCUGCAGUCUCUAUUUGUUAGGCACAUCGAUCUCAUAUUUCAGAUCGCCUCUGCUUCCAUGCUCCAAUUUCUUUGCUUCCAAACACUUGAGAUAACAAUCCAGCCUCCUUCUUCUUAAGCUAAGUGAUCAGCUCAAUGUGUUGGAGGAUGUGAAAAUAAACAAACUAAAGUAAUUUCACUUUUUUGUGAGGUGCUCAAGUUUCUCUGCUCUUUUCUUGCUAUUUAUGCCAAUGGCAGAUUGGCUUCACUUUUGGUUCCAUUCUCCAAUUUCUUUGCUUCCUUAACAGUUUGAAUUUUCUGCCAUUCUGAGUUUGUGUGGUGAUUUCUUUAUAUUUACAGGAGACAGGCUUCACUAGUAUUUCCAUUUUGUACUUUGUUUGCUUCCAAAUAGUUGAAUUGCUUCAGGUCUAAAUAAGGUUGAACUGCACACCAUUUUGAGUUUGGGUGUGGUGAUUUCUUGAUGUUUAUGGCAAUGGCAGAUUGGCCUCACUUGUGUUUCCAUUCUCCAAUUUCUUUGCUUCUAAACACUUAGAUUUCAUGCCAUUCUGAGACUUUUUCUUGGCAGCUUGCCCUUGGUUGAUUGUUAAUUUGUUCUUACAAGUGAUCCAAAAUUCACAGAAAAAAAGGAGACUUCCAAUCAGUGUUGAAAUCUCCCAAAAAAAUUAAGUUUCGUAUUCGUGUUUUGGCUGUCGUCAUCUUUUGCGAGUUUGAAGAAAAACAACAAAAAGCGAGUUUUAUCUUCGUCAAUUGUUUUUAGUAAAUUCUACAAAGAGAAAUUUGAAAAAAAGGAGGUUUCCUUGUCGAAGGCAUCAUCGAACAAAGUUGAAGUCUUCCACAAAAACAAAAGGUAGUGAGUAUGCAUUUUUUAUGAUUUAUUAUUUUUGUGCUUACAUUGCUAUAUUUUUCAUUUGAUCAUAGUAUAUAGUUUCAGCUUCUUGUCCUUGACUUACCAAAUUACAUUAAGGUUGCAUUUGGAUGGGUGAAUUUGAAUUGGGAAUUUGGAUUUAAAAUCUCACAUUUAAAAUUUAUAUAUUCUAAAUUUUUUGUUUAGAUAAUGUAAAAAGUUUUAAAUUAUAAUAUUAAAAUCUUUUGUUUGGAUUUUAAGUAAAAUUUCAAAUUUUAAAUUCAAUGUUUAAAUUUAAAAGCAAUUCGGACAACGUUGGCAGUCCAAUCCCUGUCAAAGUCGGCAAUCUGGAUGACUUAUUUUCACCAAGAUUGGACAGCCGGUGUCUAGCGAGAUUGAAUAGUAGACUUCUAACGAGACCAUACUCCGGCGGUGACUAGGACCAAAUGGCAGACUUCCACAGACACUGGACUGUUAGCAUUGAUCGGGCCUAAUUGCUAGUCAUUUGAUCUUGGUCGCAAGCUGCUGUUCAAUUCUAGUUAAUGCUAAUAGUUUAGACUUGGUGGAAGUCAGCCUUAUGAUCCUGAUUGUCACUUAUACUACGGUCCUGGUCGGCACUAUCGAUCCAGUCACGACGAAAUUUGGCUUUCUGAUCCUCAUCUUUACCUACACUUUGGCCUGGGUCAUCACCAACAGUUCGAUCUCGAUUGGCACAAGUAGUUUAGUUCUAAUAGAAGUCAAUAGUCCAGUCUUGGUUGGUUCCUAUUGUCCAAAUACGAAUAUAAAUCCUUAUGCAUCUAAACAUAGCAUAAAGUUUGAAGAGUAAUGAGUUAAUAAAUUCUCUAAUGCAUUAAUACUUUAAAUAUUGUCAAUUAGAAGAAAAAAUUGCACCGAUUAAGUUCACUGUUAGCAAAUAACAUGAUUUUAAACCAUGUUGCUAAUUAAGCCAUGCACACGAGCCCUGAAACAAGCCUUAAACCACUAGAUGGGUUUAGCUACUUGGAUUGCACGAUACUAUUGUGCUCUAUCAUCAACUAAGUUUUUAGGAAUAUUGUUAACUAAAAAGUGUCAUUUAACAAUUUUCAUGAGUGUUAUGUUAGAUCUUCCUUUAUCUUUUUUAAUAGGGCUCAAGAUUAUCAGUUCCACUUUCCUCAUUAGUCCUUUUUAUAGCCUUCUUUGUAUAUGUUCAAACUAUCACAAAUUAUUUUUUAUCAUUUUCCCAUAAAUAGAUGUCACAUUUACUUUUUCUUGUAUAUGCGCAUUUUGAAUUUUAUCUUUUCUUGUAUUACCUCAUUUCUAUUUUAACAAUUUUAUCUUUGUUACUCCAACUUUAUGCCCAUGUUAUCCUUUCAAGGCCCAACAUUUAUUACCAUAUAACAUGUUGGUUUUAUAGCAAUUUAAUAAACUUUCUUUUAAGUUUAACAGGUACCUUUUGAUCACAAUAAUAAUGCUUUAGCCUUUCUCUAUUUAAACCACCUAGCUUAUAUUUUAUGUGCAACAUCUCCAUUAAUUUUCUCAUGUUGAAUAAUUUCUCUUAGAUAUGUAAAUCAAACUUUUUAACUUGAGAUCAAGACACCAAAAGUUAAAGGUUGAAUGUGAUAACAUCCAAACCAAGUCAGAGCACAUCACAAUCAUUUCAACAACAUCAAAUGGCCCAAAAUGACUACAAGAUUCCAUCGUCCUAGUCAACUUAGUAAUUUUAUGAAUUUUAUGCUUUACACUAUCCAUUCCAAAUUAAAAAUUUACUAUUUUAAAAAAAAUUAGAAGAAUGACAGAGAGGUUUCAAAAGGAUUAAUUAAUUCAAGUUAGGUUUUAAGUAUCAAAUUUCAGGAAUUUGCAACUCAAUCUCUCAAUUUUGCAAUUUCAUUGUAAUGGAUUUAUAACUUGUAUUUUAAAUUUUAAUAGGAAAAAUAAUUUAAUUCUUCAAUCAUGUUAAAAUUUGAAAAAUAAGUUGUAAAUUCAUCACAACGUAAUUGCAAAAUUGAGAGAUUGAGUUGCAAAUUUUUAGAGUUUGGAACUUGAGAUUUAACUUGAAUUAAUUAGUUCUUUUGGGACCUGUUUGUCAUUCUCCCUAAAAAAUUUCUCCCUCUUAUUUUCUUCCUACUUUUUCCUUGCUUCAAACUAAGCAACUUUGAAGAUCUUAUGUAAGGUAUCCCUUACUAAUCUCUAUUUAACUUCCAAACCUAGAUAAUCAAGGUGUUAACCCUAAAGGAUUACCCAUUUGUAUAGUCCGAUAUAAAGUUAUAAAUUUCAACAAUGGGGAAGCGUUCAUUAUUUAAAAACACUUCAGAACACUUUCACCAUUCAUAAAUUAGGGUUUAAAACUUAUGUGGAAGCAUGGGAUCUUAAACAAGUCAAUGCAUUUGCGAAAUAGUUGAAAACAACAAAACAGUAUAGCGGAAUAGAGAUGCGUCGUGGCUCACUGCAGAUAUUCUAUGCUUUGUCUCCUUUAUGCCUGCGUGAGGAAACAUUGCACAAAAUUUUAUAGCAUAGAGCUAUCACAUGACAGCUACUAGGGUGAACUUCCAACAGCCCAUUUCUUCGUCGGGCAUCUGAUUGAGGUAAUCUAGGUGUCUACAGAAAGCGUUCUUCUAGCUUUAGCUAAUAGCACCAAUUUUACAAUCAAAUUAUUUUUCAAUCAAAAGUUGGACACUUGUUUUAUAACUUACUCUUUUUCACAUAAAGUCACAACCAGGGUGCUUAAACCAUAAUUCAACUGUUAAAAGUUUACACCAACCUUUAGACCACUCUCAAGGAUCGUAUAGGGCUCAUACAACACACUAUAGCCAACUAAUCAUUCAUAUAUCACUUUUAUAUUGCUCAACCCCUUGAUCACAAAACAUAAUGGGGAGCCCAAUUUUCAUAAAUCAAUACGUGAGAGAGAGAGAGAGAGAGAACUAUAUAAUAUUCAUUCAUGUACACUUAUUUUUGCGUGCUUUCAGUUCAUUUUUAACAAUAAUUCAAGUAGCCAAAAAUGAACUACAUGUAAACCUAGUUGGCAAAUAGCAAUUCAAGUAGCCAAAAAUACACAUAAUUAAAGUUCAAGGCCUAUAGGUAUGAUUAUGUAGAAUCCUAUGCCUUUGGUCAUUUUUUUUUAUCCUGAUCCAAUGAGCUAGUUCCUGUAAUAUUUAAGAUUGAGUGGUGAGUACAACUACUUAGUAACUAAGGUCAAUCUAGUCUAUACAAUUACAUAUCAAUUAAUUAUAGAUGUAAAUGGCAACCACAAAACAUUUUUCCAUUGAGUAAGACAUUCAAAAGUUUACCCUGACCAUAAAAUUAACAACUAUGUGGUUGGGCACCAUUUUAAUCCUUUCAUAACAUAAACAAACACAUGCACAUGUGGGGUGGCAAUAGUAAUAACCAUGAACCCUUACAAAAUCAAAAAUAUUUGAAGGGUGAGGUAGUUUUAUUUAUUCUUAAAAAUUAGAAAAUAAAUAAAGCAAAUUAGAAUAAAGGACAUGUGGUGUCAUUAGAUGCUACUUGUGAUGCAUAAUUUUUUUUAUUAUUUUUAAAUUAGAAACUUGGAAGUGUAAAUAAUUAAGUUAAUGGAAAGUUGGGAUAAUUUUCCCAUUAUUUUUAAAUUAAGAUUUUGAAUUUUAUUUAUUAUUUGAAAUUAGAAUUUUGAAAUUAUGAAUAUGUGAAUGAGAAGUUGAGAUAAUGGGGAGAUAUUUGGAGAUAAAAUAGUUUUAUUUACUUUAAAAAUUGGGUUAAUGAGCAAAAUGGACAUUGAACUCUUGCUUGAAAAGCACCUUGGAUUGUGAACUUUUAAAAUGUGUAAAAUAAAUCCUAAACUUUUAAAUUCAUAGUAAAUUAAACACUACCAUUUUCUUUUGUUAACACUGUUGCUGAUCACUGUAGGCGCCAUUUAAAUGUUGAUGUGUCAUUGUUAAUUAGCACUAUAGAUUCUAAACUAUUAUGCGAGUAGCAUCCUGGUCCUUGAACUUUGAAAUUUUGAGCAAAUUACCUCCACUGUUUAUGUAUAGAACGUUGACUAUUAUGUAGAUCAAAUUAGUCUUAGCAUGGUUCACUGAAAUGAAUGCAUCGUUGGUCAUGGCGAACGACUUGUAAUUUGUAAAAUGACAUUUUUUGUGCUUUUUUGUAAUGUUUUCCAAACAAUUGACAUCUCAUGCUUCAGUAUACUUUAUAACUCUAAUUUAGCAUGAGAUGAUGCACAGCUUUCACUAUGCUCUUGGCUACUAUCAAUAUCAUCUCUUUAUCUUGCCAUGUAUUGUCUAACGCUUGUAACUUUAAUCCAUCUCGAUAAUCAGUAAGUGUUCUUCAUAAGUAUUUGGAUUAGCAACUUAAAUAUGAGUGUUUCUUGGGCAUUAGACCCUCUCUUGGUAAGGAAAAAAAAACCACAAUUUUGACAAUAUCAAUAACAACACAAAACUAGCACUUACUUAUAUAUAAUACAAAACAAUAAAUUUGGAAAACAUUCGGUAGUAUAACAACUUAAAAAAGGAUGUUUCUUGAGCAUUAUGCCAUUUUUUAUACUAAAUUAUAUUCCAGUAAAUUCUAUUCUAACUUAAUUUAAACAACAAUCAUGAAAAACAACAUAUCAUAUCAAAUUUAUACAGCACCAAGCAUAGAAAUUCCUAUAUAUAUUAGUUUGGGGAAGAAGAAGAGAGGAAAGGAAUGAAUGUGUAAUAAUGUAGACAUUCAAAUUAACCAAAAAUAAAAACAAUAAAAGAUGAACUGACUAAGGGAUAUCAAAUUCCAAUUCACCUAAUUCAACACCAAUGAGCAACCUUAUAUGAAAACCCAAUAGUAAUCGAUUGAAAAGAAUGGAAAAUGAAGGAAAAUCAAAACUCACCACAAGUAUGAACACGAGAGAUGAAUUAAAUAUGGAAUAUCAAAUUCCAAUUCACCUAAUUCAACACCAUGAACAACCUUAUAUGAAAACCCACAAUCAAAACCUAACACUAACCGGUUGAAAAGAACGAAAAAUGAAGGAAAAUCAAAACUCACCACAAUCAUGAAAAUGUUCACAAGCACACUUACCAUAAGCCUCUAUCGAACACAAGCAUGGCCACACAAGCAAACUUCACAAGCACCCACAAAAGCAAACCCGUAAACAAAUCAUGAUCCUAACGAUUAGAGAGUGUGAAAUGGGGGUGGAAUUGUUAGGAAGGAGUUUUUGGAAAAGUUUUGAAUAUUGUCGAGUUGUCUGAGUGUGGAAUGAAAUAGGGUUUGGGGCCAAUUUUAAAAACCAAUACUUGGUGAUUAUUUCAUAAUAAGUAGUAAUUUUAUUCUAUUUGAUGCUUGUUCUGAAAUAAUCAUCUAAUCUGUACUUGAUAUAUUUGACGAUUACUCCAUAAUAACAACCGUGAUGCUUGUUACAAAAUAAGUCAAAUAUAUCAAGUAUAUAUUAGAUGAUUAUUUCAGAACAAGCAUCAAAUAGAUAUAUUGUCAAAUAUUUUUUUCCUUUUUUAUUUGUUAUUUUUUACAAAUAACUAUCAAGUAUAAGGUAUCUUAUUUAGCCUUUUUUGUAAUAGUAAUGGUCUAGCUUUCUACUGUCCCUUAAUGAAGGGACAGUGGAGGAUUCCCUUAGAGGAGGGAAUCUGACUCUAUCUAUGAACAAUUGAAAAAAACUUGUAAUUGCAAUCUCAUGUCCAUUUUAGAUGAUGAGCAUUGGGGAAACUAUUGCAUUAAAUCUUGCUCGAAGAUUAGUGGAUAAGGCUAUAAAGGAAGUUAAUUAUUUUUGUCAUUUUGAGACUCAUGUGCAUCAAUUUGUGCAAGACAAUAAUGAUUUGGUUACAAAACCAAAAAAAAAGUGCAAAAUGAUGUUGAAGAUGCCAAAAGAAGAAAUGAGAACCAAAUUGAAUAUGAAGUUCAAAAUUGGAUAGAGGAAGCUGAAAAUCUUAUUCGAGAGAAUUGUAGAGUCAAGCAGACCUGGUCUUAUAGUUGGUGUCCUCAUUGGAGACACCGACAAGGCAAGAGGUUGGCACAGAGGACGCAAGCCAUUAAAAAUCACAUACAUAAAAUGUAACUUCGAAAGAGUAGCACGUCCAGCUGAACUUUCAAGUAUAAAAUACCAUGCUUCUGGAGACUUCAUUGAUUUUGAGAGCAGAAAGUCAAAAUUGAAGCAACUUGUGAAAAUCAUCAUAUGAUUGUGUUACAAGGGAUGGGGGGUAUGGGUAAAACCACAUUGGCAACACAAGUGGGCAAACAAGUUGAAGAAUCCAAAGCAUUUCAGAAAGUAGUAUUUGUUGUUGUCUUCAAUCUACCAAAUAUCAACAAGUUUCAAGGUGAAAUUGCAAGGUAGUUAGGUUUGCAAUUAGAGGAAGGAAAGGAAGAAGAGUACCCGAAGGUUUUAUGGCAUAGAAUUUAUAAUUAUGAUGGAAAUUUAAUUAUAAUAUUAGAUGACGUGUGGGAAGAACUAAAUCUUAGAGACAUAGGGAUUCCAUCUUGGCUAGAUCAUGGGAAUUGCUAUAUUUUGAUAACAACUCGCGAUUCGAAAGUUUGUCAAGCAAUGAGAUGUCAACAAACAAUUCAGCUACACACGUUGACCAAUAAGGAUGCCUUAAAUCUUUUUUUGUUGCAUGCUAGAAGUGGUGAUGAUUUGGAGGUUCUUGCACAAGAUUUUGUGAAGGAGUGUGGAGGAUUACCAAUUACAAUUGUCUCACUAGCUAGCACAUUAAGAAAUUGGCCUAUAAGUGAAUGGAAGGUAGCUUUGGCAACCUUACAUAAUUCUGUGCAAUUUCUUGAUAUUGAUGAAAAUUUGGUGAAGGUUUAUAAAUGUUUAAGCUUAAGCUAUGAGAAUCUAAGGAAUGAAAAGGCUCAAAAGCUCUUUUUAUUGUGUUCUAUUUUCCCAGAAGACUUUCUUUGAACCUUAUUGUUAGACUUGGUAUAGGGGUUGGACUUUUUGGGGAAGUUGACAAAUAUUAUGUAGCGAAAAGCCAAGCACUUGGAGAAAAAAAAAGAACUUAUAGCUUCUUCUUUGUUAUUAAAGGUUGAUAAUAGUGAAUGUGUAAAAAUGCAUGACUUGGUCAGUGAAGUUGCCCUAUGGAUAGCAAAAGAAGAUAUUCAAGUGCUUACGGAUCCAGGAGUAACUUUAAAAACAAACAAGUGAUUUGUGUUUUGGAGUACUAGUGAUGUACUUGAUAAGUUUGAUGGUAUGAAACUCGAGAUUCUAAUUCUUAUCAUAAAUGGAGAGGUUGUAGCAAACAACCCAGAAUCAUUCUUCGUAGGGAUGACAAGACUCAAAGUUCUACUUUUAAUUUGUAAAUAUGGUAAAAUAUUUCUCCCUUCAUCAUUGUUAGAGUCACUUUUUUCAUUAAAUAAUAUUCGAAGUGUUCGUCUACAUGGUUGGAGAUUGGAUGACAUCUCUAUCAUAAGAAAUCUCCCGAGUAUUGAGACUUUUGAAUUGGAAUAUUGUUCAAUCAAUGAAUUACCAACAAAAAUUAGUGAACUAAAAAGGUUGAGAUUGCUGGGAUUAAGGGAUUGUGAAAUUCAAAAGAAGAAUCCUUUUAAAGUAAUUGAAAGAUGUUCUCAAUUGGAAGAAUUGUAUUAUGUUAAGAAUUACAUUGUUGAACAUCAGAAGCUAAAUGAUGACAAAAAAAUUGAAGAUGAUCAAAUUACUCAUGAUACACCUCCUAUUGCAUUGCAAAUGUAUUCUAUAUCUUAAACUAGAUAUGAAUGCUUUGCUGAUGAUGAGGAUGGCGUGUUAAAAUGCUUUAAUACAGACUCUCUGGAAAAUUUAAUCUCAAAAGACUUCUUUAAGUACCUUAUGGAAACAGUAGAGGUCCUUGACUUGGGGGAAAUAGGAGAAAUAGGAUGGAAAAAUCUUGUCCCGGACAUCAUUCCUAUGGAAGAUGGAGGUAUGAAUGACUUGAUUAAGCUUCGAUUGCGUCAAGGGUCUAAGAUUGAGUGCCUCAUUGAUACUAAGGGGCAUCAUUAUUUUGACAUGACAGGUUUCUCCAAGUUGGUUGCGCUACAAUUGUGUGGAGUAGAAAUGAAAGAAUUAUACCAGGGUUCUCCGCCUUCAGACUUUCUCAGGCAAUUGCAAGUUUUAAAGUUGAAAAAUUGUAAGAAAUUACUCAAACAAAUUCUUUGAUGGUAAUCUCAAACUACCUCAUUUGAAGGUCUUGGAAUUGAAUAACUAUCCAAUGUUCCAACCAUCAAUUUUCCAACCCUCUAUUGCUCGAAGUCUAACACAAUUGGAAGAAUGAGUACUUGCAAAUUGUGAAAAGCUAAAAAGUUUAAUUGCUGUAUACGAGUGUUUGGGAGAAGAAACAGUGGUUGUUGAUGAUCAAGAGUGUUAUUGGAUUGUUGUUUCCAAAGUUAAAAUCUCUUCAAAUUGUAAGAUGUAACAAAUUAUAAAUUGUAUCGUCACUAUUUUUCCCUGGAAACCUUUCCCUUUUGGAAGAUUUAUCUAUAAGAUACUGUAAGAAGUUGAAAUACAUAGUGAGUGAAUAUCGCGAUGAGGGUCAAGUUUUGCAUCAAGAGACUCUUCUCCCUUUAUUGACUAGAAUGGACAUUGAAAAAGUACCAAGUUUCAUUAAAAUAUUCUGCGAUUGUAAGAAACGUAUACCAAGGCAAACUUCAUUUUUGAAAGGUAGUUUAGAGGAGAAAAAUGUAAAUUCGAAGACACGUGCUCUUUCAUGGGCUCAUGGGUGUUGUUUUCUAGCCACAUUGAAAGGCACUGAUGCUGUAGUUUCCAAUGCCAAAUUGCCACGUCACACAAUGUCACAGGAGUUAUUUGCAACAGGGCAAAGGAUCAAAGCAUUUCAUACAGCUAAGUAUCUUUUGAGACAAUCAUUGAACGUACAAGAUACAAGGCAUAUGAAACUCAAGGGAUGUUUAAAAGUAAAGACAUUGUUCAGUGAAUCUAUUGCCACAAGCAUAAUUUUGGAGCAGUUAUCAAUCAUAGAAUGUCAUGAAUUGAAACACAUAAUGACAAAUGAGGGACAGGAUGGUGACUAUAUCCGUUGCAAUAACUCUAUUUUCCCAAAACUAGAGAUGCUCAGAAUCAGGAAUUGUAACAAGCUGGAAAUUCUAUUUCCAUCUACUCUUUCUGGAGUUCUUCAAAAAUUAAAAUCUAUGGAUAUCAGAACUGCUCAUGAACUGAAAUAUAUUUUUGGGAAAAAAUACAAUCAUGAGGAUUAUACAUCACCAAAUGAGAAUGAAAAUAAUGAGCCUCACUUUCAUCUGCCUGCUUUGGAAACAUUAUCCCACGAAGAUGUGCCAAAUAUGAAUAGCAUUUGUAUCAAGAGUUUUCAACUGGAUUGCCCAUCUCAGCAGACUUUGAAAGCAGAGAAGGAAUUACUGGCUUCAAUGAAAGGGAUUGAAACAUUUCAUUCAACUGAAUGUCUUGUGAGAAAACCAGUGAUGUUUCAAAAUAUAAGGCAGAUGACACUUAGUAAUUGUUUAACAUUAAAGACAAUGUUCAGUGUAUCCAUUGCUAUGAUCAUCACGUUGGAGAAGUUGGAAAUCUGGGAUUGCGAAAAAUUGAAGCACAUAAUAACAAAUCGAGGAGAGGAUCGUGACUAUAUCAAUUGCACCUCCAUUUUUCCAAAACUAAAGAUUCUCAGAAUCAAGAAUUGCAACAUGCUGGAAUUUAUAUUUCCAUCCAUAUUUUCAGGAGGUCUUCAAAAAUUAAAACUUAUAGCGAUCCAAAAUGCCAAUGAACUGAAAUAUGUUUUUGGGAAAUACAAUCAUGAACAUUAUUAUGUGCCAAAUGAGAAUGAAAAUGAUGAGCUUCACAUUCAUCUUCUGCUUUGGAAACACUAUCCCUUGAAAACGUGCCAAACAUGAUCAGCAUUUGCAUCCAUAAAUGUCAAUCUGGAAUGCCCAUCUCUACAAAAUUUGGAAGAAGCAAAGGUAACACUUUUAACUUGUUAUUUUACAGGAUGUCAAACAUGUUUUAUGGCAUAAAAGCAUUUUGUUCCGUUUAAUUUUACUUUAUGUUAAUUCAGAACAUUUGCUUGGAAAUUAAUAUUCUGUUAAAAUUUGAACUUUUCUGCUCUUAUAUAAGAUUGAUUGCUGAAGAAGCAGUAAAACCUUAUCAAAAUUGGGUAAUGUUACUGUACUUUAUGUGGAUUUGAGCAAUUUAUAUAAAAAGAGUUGAUUUUAGAACUAUUUGACUAUAACACACACACACACACACACACACACACUCACGGAGAGGAGUUUGUCUAUUUAUUGACUCAUGUCGACACUUUUAAUAUUAUGAAAAAUUUCACAGAUUAAUUAUAAGUUUAUACUUUUAAUUUGUCUGAACAAUCAUCUAUAUCAUUAUUGUCAACCUUUGGUCAACUAGUUGUGCUACAGAGUGAAAAGGUAAUUGAGGAGCGUUAUGUGAUGGGGAAGCAAAAAGAACCAAGGAAUCAGUGUUAAUAAUUUUUGGACAUGUUUGGAAAUGAAUUAUGCAUAUUUUAUACAUUUAUUUGGGGUCAAAAUUAGACCAUGAUCUGAUCACUAGUGUGAAAUGUAGAAAUUUAACAGUGAUUUGGAAUUUAAAUUGCCUCUUUAAAUACUUGCAGGAAUCCGAAAUUCAAGAGAUUAUCAAUGUUGAAAGGCCAAUGACACCAAGUGUAGGCGCCGAAUGUCGUCAACUUCAUCAAUCUUAAAGAAAUAAAACUCACAGGAUGCAAAAAGUUAAGAACUGUGUUGUCCAUCUCGACAUGGAGAAGCCUACAACAGUUGUCUUUUUUAUAUAUUUGUGACUGAGGAAUUAGUUAAUGUGGUUGAAGAUGAUUCUAUGGAUCGAGGUUAUAUCAACAACACCUCCAUUUUCUCAAAACUGGUGGAUCUCGAAAUCUGAACGUGCAACAAGUUGGAGUUUGUAUUUCCUUACUAUGUCGUUGGAGGUCUUCAAAAAUUAAGAUCUUUGAUGAUUGAAGAAGCUGCAGGGUUGAAGUACAUUUUUGAGACAUAUUAUUUAUCAAAUGAGAAUGAAAGUGAUGAGCUUCGUACUGAUCUCCCAACUUUGGAAGCACUAUCACUUAUAGAUGUACCAAAGAUGAUCAAUAUUUGUGCAAAAGGUUAUCACCUAA